AGCUGUCACACGUGCCUUUUCACGCGUACGCUUUCGUUGUGUGUUCACCCUUCCCCACAAGCAUCCACAUCCACAUCUGCGUUGCACGUGUCUGCAGCGCAUCAUACUUGUACUGUCACUGCUCGCACGACCGCGCCGGUAAUAAUCUAGAAGUAACCCAACCGCUUUCUUUCUCUUUCUUACAGUGGCCCUUUCUUCUCUCCUUUCUCGUUCUGCUGCCAUCUCUCCUGCUCAUUUUUAUUGAUAUCAUAAAGAAAUAAUUAAUAGCUGUGUUGCUUUGAGAGAUCAACUCUGAUUGCGCGGUACUCCAGGCUAGCAACUGUGCCAUAUAGAUUUUGGACGUUCAACCUCCAGAAAAGGAGAGGGGAGAAAAGAAGGGCAGUCCUCUGCAAAGCUGCGCGGGGAAUAACAAGACAGGCGCUAGAGGAAUCAAAAGCAGCAACCACGACAGCCUCGCACCUCGGGAAGCUGGGCAUCUUUCGCCCUCGUUGGGGUAUUCCGGAGCGAUGUCCACCGAAAUCGAGUCGCACAUUCUCAAGAAGUAUGAAAUACAGACGCAGCUGGGCCAAGGCGCGUACGGAAUCGUGUGGCGCGCCGUCGAGCGCAAGCACAACCGCAUCGUCGCGUUAAAGAAGAUUUACGACGCCUUCCAGAAUUCCACCGAUGCGCAGCGCACCUUUCGAGAAAUUAUGUUCCUGCACCGCCUACACCACCCAAACAUCAUCAAGCUGUUGCACGUCCACCGCGCCUAUAAUGACCGUGACAUCUACCUCGUGUUUGAGUACAUGGAGACGGAUCUGCACGUCGUGAUCCGCGCCAACAUUCUGGAGGACAUCCACAAGCAGUUCAUAAUUUAUCAGCUACUGAAGACGAUGAAGUACCUGCACUCGGCUGAGAUUCUACACCGCGACAUGAAGCCGAGCAACUUGCUGGUGAACAGUGACUGCACUAUGAAGGUGGCAGACUUCGGCCUGGCCCGUUCCAUCCUCUCUCUCGAGAGCGAGCAGGCGUCGCGUCCGGUGCUGACGGACUACAUCGCAACGCGGUGGUACCGACCACCAGAGGUUCUGCUCGGCUCCACGCGAUACACGAAGGGGGUGGACAUGUGGUCCGUCGGGUGCAUACUGGGGGAGCUGAUGCUUGGCAAGCCCAUUUUUCCAGGCCGGUCCACCACGAAUCAGCUGGAAAUUAUCAUCAGCGUCACCGGCCGUCCCUCCGCGGCGGACAUCGCAGCGACCAACUCGCAGUUUGCCCAGGCGAUGCUGCGCGACAUCUCCAGCUCGCACCCGCGGACGUUUGCAGAGUUGCUGCCGAACGCGUCCGCCGACGCUCUUGACCUCAUCCAGCGUUUAAUGUGCUUCAACCCGAACCGGCGCAUCACCGCGGCCGAGGCGCUGGAGCACCCGUACGUGGCCGCCUUCCACCGACCAGACGAGGAGCCGGUGGCGCCGGAGCCGAUUACCAUCUCGCUGCCGGACAACGAGCGGCUGCCGCUGGACCGCUACCGCGAUGCAAUUUACGAGCAAAUCGCCGCGCUGCGUCGCGCCGACAAACUGCGCGUGUCACGGCCGGUGGCAACGGGCACUACAGCCACGCAUGGCACGGGCCCCAGCAGUGGUGGUGCCACUCGCCCGACUGGUAGUUCUUUGGCUUCGCGCUCGACGGCGAACAGCAACGCUGCAGCCUCGCGACUAGCGGCGAAUCGCGUGAAGGCGACAUCGACGGGCGCAACAGCGGAGCCGACUGCGACAAAGGCUCACGUGCGCCAGGUGCCGCGCUCCGACGUUUCUGGGACGGGCAGUCGUCUCGGUACGCGGGAUGUGGCAGCGCGUAAGUAG